ACUCCAGCUGCUGACUUGUCGUUGACUGUUCUGCUGCACAACCUGUUUGUUUGUGUGGCUUAUUAACACCCUGAGUUUAUUAUAAGCCGGGUCGAUUUCAAAGGGCGCUUUAACUUCCCGUCGCCAGGAAGAGAUAGCUAGCUGUCUGACAGCAGACACAGCAACACAACGACUAUGUCCUGAGCUUUUAUUUAGCGACGGAAUUAAAACGGAGAGAAGCUUUUUCAAAUGUAGCUUGUUAGCUAGCUACGUCGCGUACAGUGUACACAGCCUUUUUGUUCUGCUCUUGGACAGAUUCUGCUUGACCCAUUAUUACCAGUGUUAAGUGCAGAUAAGGCGCAAAACACUGGUAGUUUUGUUGGAAAACGUGUCAAGAAUAAUCCCUGGUUGUCAACCGUUGCCCCGGGGCUAACCCCCGGUCGCCGACCGAAUUAAUGGCCGGAAAUCCGAGGAGGGGCGCCGGUCUCAUCGGCUUGAUGAAGGACGCCUUUCAGCCCCACCAGCAGCCUCUCCAGCCUCACCAACCUGCAGUGGUCGAUAAGAAGAUGGUGGAGAAAUGCUGGAAACUCAUGGAUAAGGUGGUGCGUUUGUGCCAGAACCCCAAGGUGGCAUUGAAGAACAGCCCACCUUACAUCCUGGACUUGCUGCCUGAUACCUACCAGCACCUACGCACCGUUCUCUCCAGAUAUGAGGGCAGAAUGGAGAUUCUUGGGGAGAACGAGUAUUUUCGCGUCGUCAUGGAGAACUUGACCAACAAGACUAAGCAGACUAUGAGCCUUUUUAAGGAAGCAAAGGAGAGGAUGUAUGAGGAGAAUUCCCAACCCAGGCGAAACCUCACCAAGCUGUCUCUGAUCUUCAGUCACAUGCUAGCGGAGCUAAAAGCCAUCUUCCCCAAUGGCCUAUUUCAGGGCGACAACUUCAGGAUCACUAAAGCAGAUGCUGCCGAGUUUUGGAGAAGGUCAUUUGGGGACAAGACCAUAGUGCCCUGGAGGACCUUUCGUCAGGCUCUCCACGAGUUUCAUCCUAUCAGCUCUGGCCUGGAGGCCAUGGCCCUCAAGUCCACCAUCGACCUCACCUGCAACGACUACAUUUCUGUCUUUGAAUUUGACAUCUUCACCAGGCUCUUCCAGCCGUGGUCGUCUCUUUUAAGGAACUGGAACAGUCUGGCGGUCACACACCCUGGUUACAUGGCCUUCCUCACUUACGAUGAAGUCAAGGCUCGACUGCACAGGUUCAUCCACAAGCCCGGCAGCUACAUCUUCAGGCUGAGCUGCACUCGGCUGGGCCAGUGGGCGAUCGGCUACGUGACGGCUGAUGGGAACAUCCUGCAAACCAUCCCCCAUAACAAACCACUCUUCCAAGCCCUCAUUGAUGGAUACAGAGAGGGAUUCUAUCUGUUCCCAGAUGGUCGUGCGCAGAAUCCAGAUCUAACAGGGCUGUGUGAACCUUCUCCGCAGGACCACAUCAAAGUUACUCAGGAGCAGUACGAGUUGUACUGCGAGAUGGGCUCCACUUUCCAGCUUUGUAAGAUCUGCGCAGAGAACGACAAGGAUGUGAAGAUCGAGCCGUGCAGACACCUGAUGUGCACUUCCUGUCUGACCGCCUGGCAGGAGUCGGAGGGUCAGGGUUGCCCGUUUUGCCGCUGUGAGAUUAAAGGCACGGAGCCCAUCGUGGUGGAUCCCUUCCACCCGAAGGCCAGCGGGGCUUCCUUUGCUGGUUUCCAGGGGUCCAACAGAGCAGAAGCUACUGGCAAUGAUGAAGAAGAUGACGAUCGCUUGGAAGACCAGCACUUAGUCAUGAGCAGACUGGCGUGCACCAAGGUUGAGCGCCCGCCAUCUCCGGUGUCUCAGCUGCCUCCGGUGCCCCCCCGGCUCGACCUCCUGCAGCAGAGACCCUCCAGCUCCCACUGUGCACUGAGCCAAGGAGCCACAGCCAAGAUUGCAGCCACUCACAGAGACAAGCCUCUACCUCUGCCUCCAGCCCUGAGAGAGUUACCCCCUCCUCCCCCUCCGGAGCGCCCUUCCUUGGUCAGCCAGGACUCCAGACUCCAGAGGAGACCCCUGCCCUCCACCCCAGACCAGCCCGCCUGGGCUGCCAACUACAUGGUCCCACGGCCCGUAACCAAGGCCCCCUCAGCCAUGUCGUCCAUCCCUCAGAGCAACGGAACCGGCGGAGAGGGAAGCAAACCUCAGGCAGCUACCAACGCCAUCUACUGCCUGGCUGCAAGAUCUCUUCCAGCGUCAGCGGUGACGAGCGGAGAGAAGCUGUUGUCUGACUGUGAGGAGAAUGAGUACAUGAGUCCCACCUCUCUUCCAGCCUCUGGUGCCCCCUGGGUCAUAACAGGCUCCUUGGUACCCCCACCACCUGCCCAGGCAAACCACCAUAAUGACAUCAGCAGUGAAGUUGGUGAGAGUGACUCUGAGGACCCCCAAGUCUACGAGUCCAUGUGUAAUAUCCAGGCCCAGGCUGGUGCAUCUGAGACAGCACAGACCUCUGACCUGGACCACCCUCAACAUUCGGCCGCGGUUUCCCAGGACAAUCCGCAAGAGGCCAGUUUGGAGGAUGUUUAUGAGUACGACUGUCCCAGACCGGUUGUCCCUCCGGCCCCCACCAGAAGAACCCUGGCGGAAAUCGGUGGUCCUUCAACAGCCUUCAGCGCUCUCAGCAUUGACAGUGCAGUAGAAGCAGGUAUGUUCGCAGCAAGUGUCUCCCCUGAACAACCCCCCAAACCUCUCCCACGGCGAGCCAACUCCGACCGACGACCUCAGCCCUCAAGCAGAGAAUUUCCUGCUCGACUGCCAGACAUCCCUGGUCCCUCCUCCUCUGCCUCUUCUCCUCCUCCUCCCCCUCUUCCUCCUCCUGCAGGCCCAGGAAGCCUGGCCUUGAACGGGGAGAUUGAAUGCCUGAUAUCUCAAGGCUACUCCAUCCAGGACAUCCAGAAAGCCCUGAUGAUCGCUCAGAACAACCUGGAGACGGCCAAGAACAUCCUGCGCGAGUUUGUUUCUAUCCCCUCCACGGCGCACAUCGCCACAUAGUCGCUUCGGGCGAACUCACCCUCUUUGUCUCGUCUCUGUCUCCACUCUGUGCCAUUAUCAUGGAUAGCAUUUACCAAGCACUUUCCUGCAGGGCAACAACAACUUGCCAAUAGGCUUUACUCCGGGAGUAAUGCUGUGUUCAUGUCAUGUCAGAAGAUGCAGGCGAAGAAGAUUACGUUUUCGUCACUGAAAUACGCACAUCCAAAAUCAUUCGUAAUCCACAAUGAACAAACUGCAGCAGGUAUUAUAUAUUAUUUUGAUUAUCUUGGACUGAUGUGCAGUUAUGCUGACGCCAAGUGGUUGAAUUUGAAGCCUCAAAAUCUCUUGUUUACUCUUAAUCGCCACUUGGAGAUUGAGGUUUUUGGCCUAGCAAGAGAGAGCACAGGGCCCCCGCAGGGUUGGUGGGUGUCCGUGAAGUUCAAACCUUUAGUCCAGUUUGGAUUAAAGGGGAUGUAUCAUGCACAUUUCCAGGUCUACACAGUACUUUUAUGCUUGGGCUCUACUGGAAUAUCUUUGCAUGAGUUCAAAAUACUCCUUAUUUAUCUUAUACUGGGUCUUUAUGCCCUUGCAGGGACUUGCAGGGAGCAUUUUUACAUACGCUCAAGUUUUGAAACUUUGACCAUGUUUAACAACUAACAUCAUAACAAUAUUAAAAAUAAUAGAAAAUCACAAAAAAGCACGUUAUGUCCCCUUUUUAAGGAGCAGCUCAGUCGUAGAGGCAGACAUUACGUCCGAUAUGACCUGAACGCAGCAUACGUGGAGAAUCAAAGCCUUUUAAUGUGAGCAAUUUGUAGCCAAGCUUUGACCUUGCCGUACUUUGUGGCCGGUCGAUUCGUGCCGUGGCGGUGUUUCCCCCUCAGUCUCAGUACAUCCUCUCAUUAAGCUAAGUGUUGAAGCUACAGUGACUUUGAACAGUAGAAGGGACCGCUACGGAUCGUCGCUCUCGAUUCGGCGUCCCACUGCUGGCAGCAGUUCAGCGCGGUGCUUUAUGAGCUUCUCAAGCAAAAUUGUGGCGUACGAAAUAUGUAGCGACAUGAGUUCGGUCGGAAUUUAGUGAUUAACUCUGUGAUGUGUGUGUGUGUGUGUGUGUGUGUGUUCACGCUGAUGAAUGUUCAGUCGCAGUUGCAGUAUUGCAGGGCUUCAUGUCGUACACGUCACUGUGGCUCUCGCUCCGUUUCGAUGGUAUUUGACAAGUUGAACGUGAUUCUCCUCUCAGCUCCCAGUUCAAUAAUGAAAUCAUUGAUCUAUAAUGAAAUAACAAGUUUAAUGUUUAAGUACUCUCAUAACGUGCCGUGCUGUGUGUAGUACUAACAAUGGCUGGAAUUUCAGAAGUUCAUUUUGUCAUUUAAAGGACCAGUGUGAAGGAUUUAGUGGCAUCCAAGCAGUGGCCUCCGCGAAAAACACAA